GGUACUGGGGUGGGUAGCAGUUUCCACAAUGCUGUUAGCCUAGUACCAUCAUAUAGGUAGCUAACGGGACGACAAAACAAGACCGUAUUUCAAAGAUUACUCAUCCAAUUGAUGAGCAUUUCAACAUUUGAUUGUUUGCAGAAAAAAAGCGAGUCACUAACCGUUUACUAUUAAAAGGCACCAUGUUCUACACCUGUGGCCCCAACGAAGCAAUGGUGGUGUCAGGAAUUUGCCGCUCACCCCCUCUGAUGAUUGCUGGAGGUCGAGUGUUUGUCAUUCCUUGCAUCCAACAGAUCCAGAGGAUCUCUCUGAACACCCUGACUCUAAACGUGAAGAGUGAUAAAGUGUACACACGCCACGGAGUUCCCAUCUCAGUCACUGGGAUCGCUCAGAUGAAGAUACAGGGGCAGAACAAGCAGAUGCUGGCCGCUGCCUGUCAGAUGUUCAUGGGGAAGUCAGAAGGUGAGAUCUCCCACAUCGCCCUGGAAACACUGGAGGGACACCAGAGGGCUAUCAUAGCACACCUGACUGUGGAGGAGAUCUACAAAGACCGCAAGAAGUUCUCUGAGCAGGUGUUUAAGGUGGCCUCCUCAGAUCUGGUCAACAUGGGCAUCAGCGUGGUCAGCUAUACGCUCAAAGAUGUCCACGACGACCAGGACUACCUCCACUCCCUGGGCAAGGCUCGCACUGCUCAGGUCCAGAAGGACGCUCGGAUCGGAGAGGCCCAGUUCAAACGAGACGCUGUCAUCAGGGAGGCCCACGCCAUGCAGGAGAAGAUUUCUGCCCAGUAUGUCAACGAGAUCCAGAUGGCCAAGGCGCAGCGAGACUACGAGCUGAAGAAGGCUGCCUACGACAUCGAAGUCAACACCAAGAAGGCAGAGUCGGAGAUGGCCUACCAGCUCCAGGUGGCUAAGACCAAGCAGCGCAUCGAGGAGGAGACGAUGCAGGUGAAGGUGGUGGAGCGCAGCCAGCAGAUCCUGCUGCAGGAGCAGGAGAUCUCCCGCAAGGAGAUGGAGCUGGAGGCCCAGGUCAAGAAGCCUGCAGAGGCUGAGAAAUACCGCCUGGAGAGGCUGGCCGAGGCCACACGUCUGCAGCUCAUCAUGGAAGCGGAGGCAGAGGCUGAGUCCAUCAAGAUAAAGGGCGAGGCCGAGGCGUUUGCAGUGGAGGCUAAGGGCCGUGCAGAGGCAGAGCAGAUGGCAAAGAAGGCCGAGGCCUUCCAGCAGUACAAGGAGGGGGCCAUGGUGGACAUGCUGCUAGAGAAGAUCCCUAUGAUGGCCGAGGAGAUCAGCAAGCCCCUGUUGGCUGCACAGAAGAUCACCAUGAUUUCAAGUGGGGAAGGGGAGGUGGGUGUGGCCAAGCUUACAGGGGAGGUGCUCGAAAUCAUGACCCGCCUCCCAGAGACGGUGGAGAAACUGACUGGUGUCAGCAUCUCCCAGGUGACCACUCGCAUGGGCUAAAGAGGAGAAAAGGAGUAGGGAAGAGGGUCUCAGGCAGCCCCGCCCAUUUCUGCCCGGACCCUGUGUAUGCAUACCUGUCUAUAUACUAUAUUUCUUGUUCUGACAUUAACACAUCAUCAACACAUCUAUAUCAUCUUUACAUGGCCCUGUUGGAACCUUUGUUCUCAUGUGUCUUUAGCCCUCCCUUGUCUUUUUAUAUCUUUCUUCUCUUCCCUCUGUCUCCCCUCUGUCUCUCCCUUCUUCCUACCUCCUCCUUUCCUUGUUUCUGGCCCUCUCCCUAUCAGUCCAUCCUCUCCUCCUCCAGUACUGCCUGUGUCCACUGCCUUGCUGCCAAACCCAAAGUGCUUCUUAACAUGCGAGUUUCAUGCAAACGAGCAGUUCAGACCUAUUAUCCAGUAUGCUAGUUUAGAAUGCUAGCAUAGUUUGCAAGUUCAUCCCUCAGUCUUUCUGUCAUAGCGAGGUUGCUCCAGAGGGGCAAAGGUCUGACCGGACCAAAUCCAUAACCUAAGAUCCAUCUAGUUUUCACAUGUUUUAGACAGAUUUAUAGCUUUUAAGUUAAAAUAUUUUUAUCUCAUCACAGUAUGGGAUUUUGAACAGUUUCAUCCUGUAGCUAUUAAGAGUUGUCAGUGAUGACAUGUAAUCAAAAAGGAAUGUAUGUGAAAUCAACCGAUCAAAGUGUGAAAUAAUUUUUGACAGUUGCAAAGUCUCUUGGGAGAAUGAGUGCUUUUUGACCAAUGCCCCUAAGCAAGUGGUUCAGUUAUUGAAUAUGCUUUUAAAAUUUCUGUAUACAACAUGUGCUUUCUCAUGAAUACACAGGAUUUUAUUUGGUUUUAAUGUACACAUUUUCUGCUGUUUUCACAGAAUUGUUCUAUUUAUCCUUAUUCUAUGUAAAAACAAAGUCGUUUUAUUUAAUCCUUAGUUGUAAGGAACUGAUUUUCUCACAGAGAUCAUGUACUGUAACCAUUCUCACAGAUGUGAUUUGUAUUACCUUUACAUUAGGGGACAAUGCGACCAGUUGACUUCUCUGUAUGAGCUGUUAAAAGGGAGAUGCUGUAUGUUCUUGUAAUCAUGACAUCCUUGCACUUCUAACAACGUAGACACAGCAUACUACACCACUGUUUGGUGCAAUCAGGACAAUUGCACUACUGAUAUAAUGAGAGCAUACAAGGGAGUGUUAAGCAGCGUUAUAUGGCCUUGUCUUUCAUGGAUCUGUGGAGGUCCAUGGAUGACGAGGUCAUCUGAAGAGGUACAGGGUGUUGAAAAAGAGCCUUCAGGAUGCUUCUUUUUUGGCUCCCAAGUUAAUUGUAUAAACCAGGCUGCCAAUUCAUGCAAGUUUACAGUAUAUCGUCAAUGCAGGAUUUCACGUAGAGAGAAUCUUUGCAAAUCUGGUGCAUAUGCACUCAUGCAGUUUUCCAUUUCACUUCGAGAAAGGAUUAGCUCAUUGUAAGAUAUGUUCCUUGUUUAUCACACCUUUCCACUCCUCUGCCAUUUGGAAAGUUGAGAAAAGAGAGCCUCAAUAGUCUACCAGCUAUGAGUGGCUCAUGGCUGUUCAGUACCGAGUCAGGUUAACCAUGGUUUAGGAAAUGACUUGAAGCCAGUGUAUCUAUAAAGUGUCCAAACUUGCCUUAUCCCUCCAUACACACCAUCCCCCCUCUACCUCACCACCAUCCACUGACUCAACACAUCUUAUGUUCUGCACUCCUGUCCUCUGCUGCAGCCAGGACUCUGUUGUUCUGUAUUUUGAAUGAGAUAUUCUGAUGUUAACACAACAUUUGGCAUGUUUUCUGCUGUUUGAUGUACAAGUGCAAUGUUUUAUGUUAUUGUUAUGCUCAUGUUGUUCUAGAUUAGUAACCUAGUACGGCCAAAGGCUCAAACUUUGCCAGGGGGGCUAUUGUGCUUUAGCCCAGCAGCUGUGGGCUUUAUGAAGUGCAGUUAAUGUACUGUUGAAAUGUCGUCCUCGAAAUUUCAGGAAUUAUUUUAAAUAUUAACUCUAUGAAUACUAACAUGAUCUGUUUAACACUAAAUAUUUAACUUGAAGAUGAAAAUAUUUGAUCCACAAUGUAGCAGCUCUCAGUGUUUUGUCUUUCUAUGAGAUCUUCCUAAAGACUUGUUUCCCCCAGUACUUUAUCUUAAACGUUUUCUGGGGCAGCAGUUAUCACAGGAAGGGAGACAGACUAGUGUACUGUUAAAGGCCUCUUUGGGUUUGUGACCCAUCUCUUGACUAACUCUUCCUAACAGUUUGUGUAUGCAUGUUUAACUGUAUCUGACCAGGGUACAGUCUGCCACUGGGUUUGUUUCUGUGCUAUGCCCCCACCAUUCUUAGUUCAUACUCGUUGUCACGUUUGAUACUGAUCUUAUUGUUGAUCGAUCAACCAAGUUUGAAUGCUAUAAAUGCAUAAUAGGUUCCAUGAGGAAUAGGACAAAUACUUUAAGGCAGGUGUUUUGUACCCUUGUUAGAUUCUUCUUCUGUGAUAUAUUUUUCUCAGAUGGCUGUCCAGAUAAUAAACUGUGCUGUUUGUUUCUUUUCACAAGAAGUACAGGCCAGAUAUGAAGAUGGUUCAGUGCUUCUUUCUGUUUGUGUUUUAGCCCUCCAGUCAGCCUCGGAAAGAUUUGUAGGAAAUGUGUAUUGUUGAAGUAUAUUAAAUAAAAACACAAGUCAAAAAACA